AAAGAAAAGGGAAAGAAAAGGGAAGGGGGGCUCAAGAAGAGAGGAGUGUAACAGGAAACCAGUCCACCCUUCUCUCCCUCUCUCUCUACCUCUCAGUCUUCUCAACCGCUCUCUUCUCUGUCCUGCAGUCAGCCGGUUGGACUAACACCUCUCUUCACUCUCCUGGGGAAGUCCACACAACCCUGUAUUUCUUCACCACGUCUGUGACUACAGCACUCACCCGCUCUCUGCUCAGGGAGGAAGCCUUAGAAGGUGGGCUGGUCUGGGUGUCUCUCCUCAGCAGUCAUGGGGAGGUCAGGAGCGCUCAGGGUUUGGCCGUUUGGGACGAGCAUGAGGUUGUUACUUCCCCUCGUCCUCUGUGUCACCGGCGUCCAUGGUCUUUUCCCACCACAGCCACGGGUCUUCCUGUCAUUUCAAGAAAUACAGAAAACCCAGUCUUUUGAAUUCUACACUUUGUCUGAGAAGGCCAUGGACUAUAGAAUCCUUUUCAUGGAUGAGGAUCAAGACCGUAUGUAUGUCGGCUGCAAAGACCAUGUACUCUCGAUGGACAUCAACAACAUCAGCCAGACCACACUGAAGAUCUUCUGGCCGCCAUCCACUAGUAAGGUUGAGGAGUGUCAGAUGGCUGGCAAAGACCCCACACAUGGAUGUGGAAACUUCUUACGAGUGAUCCAGCCAUAUAACAGGACGCAUCUGUUCAUCUGCGGCAGUGGAGCCUACAGCCCAGUGUGUGCAUUCGUUAACCGCGGCAGGCGUCCUGAGGAGCAAGUGUUCCAAAUCUCUUCCAGAGCAGAAUCAGGGAAAGGAAGAUGCUCUUUUAACCCACAAGUCAACACCGUCUCGGUCAUGCUCAAUCAGGAGCUGUUCUCUGGCAUGCACAUUGACUUCAUGGGGACAGACGCGGCUAUCUUCAGGAGCCUGACCACAAGGAACGCAGUGAGGACGGACCAACAUAACUCCAAAUGGCUGAGCGAGCCAGUGUUCAUUGAUGCCCAUUUGAUUCCUGAUGGCUCAGACCCAAACGACGCCAAACUUUACUUUUUCCUGCGCGAGAGACUGACAGACAGUAGUGGAAACACUAAGAACAUCCACACUAUGGUGGCCCGAGUGUGCCCUAAUGACACUGGUGGUCAGCGCAGUCUGGUGAACAAGUGGACCACGUUUUUAAAAGCUCGGCUGGUUUGUUCAGUUCUAGAGGAGGACAGUACAGAGACCCACUUUGAUGAGCUCGAGAAUGUGUUUUUAUUGGAGACGGACCGGGGCCUCCUCAUCUUUGGAGUUUUCACCUCUACAAGUUCUGUGUUCAGAGGUUCUGCUGUCUGUGUGUACAACAUGGCCGACGUCCUGACGGUCUUCAACGGACCGUUUGCACACAGGGAAGGGCCCAACUUCCAGUGGGUGGCUUUCCAGGGCCGGAUCCCAUACCCACGACCGGGAACCUGUCCUGGUGGCGCGUUCACCCCUCAUAUUCAGAGUACUAAAGAGUUUCCAGAUGAUGUGGUGACGUUCAUGAGGAAUCACCCCGUCAUGUUUAACCCCAUUUACCCGGUCGGCAGGAAACCUCUUGUGGUGCGGACACAUGCCGAUUAUAAAUACACCUCUAUAGCUGUGGACCAGGUCCCCGCUGCAGACGGACACUACCACGUUCUAUUCCUGGGCACAGAUAAAGGCACAGUACAGAAGGUCGUGGUUCUGCCGUCAAACGGCUCUCUGGAUGAGGAUCUAAUCCUGGAGGAGCUGGAAGUGUUUAAGAAGCAAUCUCCUAUCACCGACCUAAGAAUCUCAUCUAAAAAGCAACAGUUGUAUGUUAGCUCUGAGCAUGGAGUGUCCCAGGUGUCUUUGCACCGCUGCAACGCAUACGGCUCUGCCUGUGCGGACUGCUGUUUAGCGCGGGACCCGUACUGCGCCUGGGAUGGGCUCAGCUGUUCUCGAUUCUACCCUACUAGCAAGAGGAGAAACAGAAGGCAGGAUAUUAUGCAUGGGAAUCCACUGACUCAGUGCAGAGGGUUCAAUCUAAAAGCCUACAGGAAUGCAGUGGAGAUGACUCAGUAUGGAGUCAAAAACAACACCACCUUCCUGGAGUGUCAGCCCAAAUCUCCACAGGCCUCAGUUAAAUGGCUCAUUCAGAGAGACAACGAUCGCAGGAAAGAGGUGAAGCUGGGUGAUCGUGUGGUGUCCACCGAUCACGGUUUGCUCAUCCGUUCAGUGCAUUCUUCAGAUAAGGGUGUGUAUUACUGCCUGGCCACAGAGAACGGCUUCAAGCGCACACUUGCUAAAAUCCGUCUCCAGAUUCUGAGCGAAACUCUGGUCAGCGCUCUGAGCAAUAAAUAUUCUCCCUGGGGCUGGGCAGCCUCACUGCACCCUAAAGCCCUGGUGUCGGCCUUCAGCCCUGCUGAGACACUGGCCAUGCAACAAUACUGCAAGGAACGCAAACAGAUGCAGAGUCUGCAGAACAUACAGAGCCCCAUGAGAGGCGAGCUGGGUAAACUCAAACCCUUGCUGGACCACAGGAAGAGCAGGAACCGCCGGAACCACUGACUACAGGAAAGGAGUUGAAAUGUAAAGUAAGGAGAUCGAAGCAGAGAUAAUGAAAAGGAAGGAGAUGGAUAGAGAGAUGAUGAAAAGGAAUAAAGACAUGCAUCAGGAGAGUACCCCGGUGGAAAAUAAAGGAGGAGAACGUUGGAGAAGAUUCCUGUGUUAUGAACCUCAUUUGUUGUUUUUCUUCAAACUUAAAGCAUCUCAGGUGCUUCCUGUUCGGCAGUCUUAUAUACAUGAACACCCAGAGCAGAGGAAUCUGGGACACCCUCACAUACAGGCACUCAAGCCAAUUUAUGUUUCAAGCUGCAUUAUACAAGAUGCCAUAUCUGUCAUCCAGUAGUAUUGUUGUCAUUUUAUGUGCAUGUGACAUUUCACAACAAAUGAUGAAGUAAUACAAUGUCCUUCAAGUCCCAAUGAAAUAGCUCAUGAGGACAAGGUUUUUUCUGGGUUUAUUUUCUGUUUUUAUUUAUUUCCUAGUUGGGGCGGGACAUAUGGAGAGGCUAAUCCCUUUUUUAACAGCCUUUAGUUUACAUUACAGACAUAAACUUUUAUUUAUUCUUAUUAGAUAUGCAUCAUUAGAGUAUUUUGUUAACUUACAGAUGUAAACUUGAAUUAGAUUUAGCUUCUAAGUGAAAAGAAAUUUACAGAAAUCCACAAAAUCUCAGUAUUGAUACCUUGUACGUUCUCUUUAAUAUCCUUGCAGAACAUUGGGAUUAUAAAUGCGUUUAUUCUAGCAAUCCGAGUUUGAUUUACAUGACAUGUUUAGGCCAAGCAAUUUUGGAAAAUUUCCAUUAAUGAAACAAAUGUAUCAAUUCUACAACCUACAACUCUUCCAUACCCCUGAAUUAAGGCAAUCAUUUGUGGAUUAGAGCUUACAGUAUCUCCAGUUUGUUAGUUAAAAAACUAAAUGUUUAUGGUUACUGAACAGUUUAGAAUAAUAUUUCUUGGAGACAUUGGAGAUUACACAUUAGACCAAAGUACAUCAACCCAGAUGCACCACAGAUGUUCGUAUGGGAAGUGAGAGGGAGAGAAGAUGGUUUGGAGACGUUUCAAACUGUAUCAGACAGGUGGCUCUCUGACCUCAUAACACUAAAGAGUGUUGUCUUUUUGCCAAGUGUUGUGCUUUGGGAAACAUCAUUAAUCCACAACACAUAAUUUAAAGAAAUGACAGUUUAGUUGUCAUUUACUCACCCUCGUGACCUUCCAAACAAGGAGAACCUUGAAUAUAGUGCACAAGUCAUAUGGACAUCUCUUAUGGAACUUUUUUAGCCUUUAAAAGACGACAGAGUGGUCAUGUUUUAAGAGCAGCAUUAUCAUUCUUCAAAAUAUCUCCUGUUGUAUUUCUGAAAGAAAGGAUGAGAUGAGGGAAUAUUAGGACAGAAUUUUCAGAGGUGAACUACUGGUUUAAAAUGUAUGUGCACGUUUUCUUCUUUUACUAACACGGUAUCCACAUUAUUUUGCAACACAGAAGAGUAAUCUAUUUUCUGUGAAUGUGUGAGACUCCUGAUUUAUAAGCCGCAAAAUGUAAAAAACUAGAAUAACAAAGUGCAGUAAACAGUAAAACUAUAUGUGCUUCAAACUAGUGUUUACAAUCAUGGCAAUACAUUAAAAUAAUACGAUAAGAAACCCCAGUUUUUAAUAUCAAGCAGCAAUAUGGACAAUUGAAAGUGAAUGACAAUGGAAGCCUCACAUAUUCAAGUUCCAAAUGGCUGCACUCUACUCUUGUCUUGAAAAAUAAAGUGAAUACUGAACCACAAUGAAUAAGUUUAAAGUCUAUAUUUUGUAAAGAACAUUUGCUUUAGCCCCAGGAAUACCAUAGUGUUUAAAUCACGUAGGGAUAGGCCAAAAAAGGAAUGUGAUCACGCAUGGUUCAUCAUUAUACAGGCACACAUUGAUGUUGGAAAUGAAUGUCAUGUUAAUGUUUUGUGGUUUGCUCAGUGUGCACAGCCAUAAUGUGAUUGUCUCUCAUUUUAGAUGAUGUAUAGCAUUGCACAGCUUCUGAUUUUGGAUUUAUCUAUGUCUGUGUAACUUAUCUCUUUUUGUAUUUUGAGCGUCUGUAAAUAGUGAGAACAAAUGAGAAAUUGAGUCACACAGUUUGGCAAUAGAUUUCUCUAUGGCAAAAUUAGCAUCAUUUCAUUCACACAGUUUGUUGGAUGAAUUGGAUUUUGUUUAAUGCCAAACUUCAGAUGUUUUUGACUGAAUCUGCAUUUUGCAGACGUUUCAUGUUCACUUAGUGUCCUCUUCAAAGAACAUUUAUUUUAAUAAUGUUUUAAUAUAAUAGGCUAUAUGCUGUAUUCCCUGUGAAUGUUAAUGUUAUUUUAUUAAAUGUCUUGAUUUGUAUAGGCAUAUUUAUUAAUGAUAAAAGCCUGGACAACUGCAUUAAACAAACUGAAUCUCUCUCAUGUUUUACAAA